GGAUUUUAGAGAAAAUAAACAUGGCGGCUUCCAUGAAAAUGUGACUUUCCGUCGCUUUUGCAUUUGGGAGCAGUUCAGUUUGAUGCAUGAUGUCAGACAAGGCUGCAAGCAGUCUUUUGGUGAUUGUGCUGGACACUAAUCCAGUUUGGUGGGGAGAGAAUCUAAAUGUGGCACAGAGCAGUAGCAAGUUGAGCCUGUCACAGUGUGUGGAUGCAGUGAUGGUGUUUGCUAAUGCUCACCUGAUGCUGGGGCAUCACAACCAGCUGGCUGUCAUAGCUGCCCACACCAACCAGAGUGAGUUCCUGUACCCGAGGGAGGAGGCUGCAGCAGCAGUCGAAACAGGGGAUGGGGAUGCGGAGAUGGAGCAGUAUCGCCAGGUGGAUGGGAAGUAUGAACUUUUUGGGCGGGUCAACGCACAGAUACAGGCUCAGAUCCAGCAGCUGGUUUUACAAGGCUUGGAGGGGGAGCUGUAUUCGGACUCCCUCAUUGCAGGCCCUCUCAGCAUGGCGCUGUGCUAUAUCCAUCGCAUGGAAAAAGAAAGUGGAUCUGGCCUGGUACUGACUUCAAGAAUCUUGGUGAUCAAAGGCUCGGAGGACAACCCCACUCAAUACAUGAACUUCAUGAAUGCUGUGUUCACUGCUCAGAAACAGAAUGUAGUGGUGGAUGCUUGUAUCCUGGACAAUGAGUCGGGACUGCUGCAGCAAGCCUGUGACAUCACUGGUGGGAUCUACCUCAAGGUGCCUCAGAUGCUGGGUCUCCUCCAGUACCUGCUGUGGGUGUUCUUGCCAGACCCUUUAGUGAGGGACAAGCUAACCCUGCCCCCCAAGGAUCAGGUUGACUACCGGGCCGCCUGCUUCUGUCACCGCAACCUCAUCGACGUGGGAUAUGUCUGCUCUGUCUGUCUUUCAAUUUUCUGCAACUUCAGUCCGAUCUGUUCGACAUGUCAAACUACAUUCAAGUUUCUUGGCCCACCAAAAUUGUUGAAAAAGAAGUCAAAGAAGACAAGCUGACAACUGUGUCAACGUGUGCAGUUCAGCAGAUAUAUCCUGAUAAGGGAUCAUCUUGCAGCUGGGAAUACCACACCAUUCUGGGCCAAACACUUUUCACUCUACAAUCCCAAACCUGUCUCUCUGUAUUAUUUUCAGCAACUGUCAAAGACAUUUGACAAAACUCUGGCUUGAGACUGCCACAGUGUUGGCCACUUGGGACCGGUGUGUACAGAUUGAACAGUGUCAUGGACUCAUCUGAAAAUGUUGGCAAUAACUGUAAAUUACCAGUACCACUGAGUUUGUUAAGUGGAAAAGAAAAUGUAUAAACAUGUAUUUUAAAGAA